AUGGCUUUAUCUUCUUCCAGUCUCUCAGCAGUACAUUCAGUCUCAUACUCUAUCCUCAUAUUAUUAGCAUUCACUAACUAUGUCUCCGGAUGCUACACAUCCCUCUUCGGCUUCGGUGAUUCAAUCACCGACACUGGAAACCUCGUCUGCAUCGACGCCCCUGAUAACCUUGGUCACAUGGCCUUUCCACCCUAUGGAGAAACCUUCUUUCAUCAUCCCACCGGCCGAUGCUCCGAUGGUCGUCUCAUCAUAGAUUUCUUUGCUGAAUAUUUUGGACUUCCACUGGUACCUCCCUAUCUUGAAGUUGAGAAGGCAAAAGGCAGAGAUUUUCGUAAGGGUGUGAAUUUUGCAGUUGUGGGAUCUCCAACACUGGAUUUGGCCUUUUAUGAAGAAAGAGGAAUCUUCAACCCUAUCACAAAUGUCUCUCUAAAAGUUCAGUUGGGUUGGUUCAAAGAGAUAUUGCCUUCUCUCUGCCACACAUUCUCAAGCUGUAAUAAAUUCUUUCAGACAUCUCUAUUUUUCUUGGGCCCAUUAGGAGGCAAUGAUUAUACCCAUUCGUUCGUAUCAAACGCCAGCCCAGAUGAGAUUCGAUCAUUUGUACCUUUAGUUGUUAAAGCCAUCGGUUCAGCCAUCAAUGAGCUUGUCGAUCUUGGGGCCGUGACGCUCGUUGUCCCAGCGAUUCUACCACUAGGAUGUGCAGGAGCUUAUCUUACAAAAUAUGCGAGUUCGAACAAGGCAGACUAUGACACAAUGGGCUGCCUCAUUUGUUUCAACAAUUUCACUGAGUAUCACAAUGAACUGCUCCAGAGAGAAUUGAAUGACAUUCGUGAGCUUCAUCCUCAUGCCACCAUCAUCUAUGCCGAUAUUCACAGUGCUGCAAUGCAGCUUUAUCGCAAUCCGUAUAAAUAUGGAUUCAUGAAAGGAGCUCUAGUAGCAUGCUGUGGAUCGGGAGGCCAGUAUAAUGUUAGCGACUCUAUGCCGUGUGGCGUGAGACCAAUUGUUGUCUGUGACAACCCUUCCUUAUAUGUUGACUGGGAUGGUUAUCAUUUCACAGAGACAGCAUAUAGAUUGGUAUCGAAAGGCUUAUUAGAUGGACCAUUCACCAUUCCUCAAAUUAAUUCUGGAUGUGUUUCACUAGCUGCGCAAGUUGAGCAUUCCACCUAUAUAUAGCUAGCUCGGAAAAUUUUAAAACUCUAUAUUUUUCAUUCAAACUCCCUCAUGAUGGAAAGUUCGUGCACUCGACUACAUUAUUGUUAUAUGCGAUUCUUUAUCGUAUAUAAUAAUUUACCUAAUUGUGCAUGCUUUACAUGUCAUAGCCAUGUUAGUUUGUCUUCACC